UUUGGAUUGAUUGUUAGCAACUCUGAUUACGGAACCUCCGCAGACGUCGGUGUGGAGUUCAUCUCAGCAACAAGCUCUGCCACCACGGACUCACUCUACCAAACAGAGCGCGUCAAGACUCAGCCACUUUGGAAUCGCAAAGAUGGUAAUCUCGCUAAAGUCGUGCCUACUGUCGACAUUGCGCAUGCUCUACAACCCAACGAGACCGAUGCUGCGACAGGGUUGCGUAAGCCGAUCAUGGCUAUCCAAUGCACCACAUUGUCAGAUGGUGGUUUUGUCCUCGCUGCCAAAACGGCGCAUCCUUUCGCGGACAUCACGAGUCUCAUCCGCUUCGUCAAGGACUGGGCGAGCGUGAGUAGUGCCGUCAUCAAGGGCCUGACCGCCCCAGCCUUGACUUCCGUCUUUGAGCCGGCGCGUUUGGACAACCUCGCUGCAGGAAACAUCAACGCCGAGGAGCCGGACCCGGCCAUUAUCAGUCGAACGGAACGUCUGCCCUUGCACAGGUACGACUGGUGGGCUGCACCAGGAAAGCCUCCCACGCCAUUCCUUGAUGCGGCCAAAGUGGUGUCACCAGCAGGCAAGCCUAUGCCAUGGGCUGAGUGGGAUUCUAAUGCGCCUGUUUCAGACUACACCAUUCAUCUCAACACAAAGCAGGUCGAUUUUCUCUUCAGCGAAGCCACGAAGGGUACUGACGGUAAUGGCCCGAGAAUCAGCAGGCAUGAUGCCGUGUUGGCACACAUCUGGUCCUGCAUUGUGCGCGCACGUCAACUCGGGAAGGAUGACGGCCCUGUCCAUUGCGAUCUUGUACUUGGCCUCCGAUCCGCUUUCAAUUUGGGUGAAGACUUUCUGGGUUCCCCGAUCAUCAUGAUGAAUAUUGAGCUGCCAGGCUCUGAAGUUGGCUGCGAACAAACAAGUAACGCUACUUCAGCAAUAAUUGCCAUCACCCGAAAGAUUCGGCAUACGAUCUCCACUGUCAGCGACCCAGCGAAUCUCGCAGAUCAUUCCCAUAGCGCCGCAUAUGAGAAGUCUCCUCAGCGUAUAUGGCAGGCAUUCCUUGGCCGGCGUCAUAUUCUGGUGACAACCUGGGCGCGUGCCGGCAUCUACGAUGUUGACUUCGGUCUUGGCUCGCGCAUACGAUACGCGGACGGCAUCGUGCCGAACUUAGACGGUUGUGUUCUCAUUAAAGAAGCACCCCCACCUUCAGGACUGUUUUUGUCUGAAUCUCGGCUGUCUUGA